AUGGAUACUGAGAUCUAGAACCAGUAAUUGAGUGUAACACUUCUUGAAUUUCAUCAUUCCAAACAUCAUUUAGCUUAUAUCAAAAAUCUUAAUGCUGCAUAAAAGUAAUUGGAAGUGAUUGCCAAAGUCCAAGACAUUAUCAAAUUCAAUUUGGGUGGUCAUUUGAAUCAUAGUUUGUUUUGGGAGAACUUAACACCAAUUAAAAACGGGGGAGGACAAUUACCUGAUGCAAACAACGCUUUAGUCUAAUAGUCAAUAAAAAUUGGGGAAAUGUUGAUAAUUCUCAAGACUUUCUUCAAUACUAGAACUGCAGCAAUUCCAGGCAGUGGAUGUGAAUUCUUGGGAGUUGAUUAGCAAUCGAAGAAAUUGAGAUAUUUGAAACUUCCCAACUUAGAAAUUCCAUAAAACUAUGGUCUUACACCAAUUUUAAUAAUGGAUUCAGAAAUUUAUAUGAUUAGCAAUUGAUGUUUGGGAAUACACCUAUCGGCAGUAUUACAAGAAUGUAAGACCAAAUUUCUUGGCGAACAUAUGGAAAUAUGGAAGAUCGUAAAUUGGAAGGAUGUAGAAGCGAGAUAAUAUCAAGCUUAAAAAUGAAUUAAGAAUCA